ACACUCAAGUCCGAUCACCGCUAACUAGUACAACGGCUUUCAAAUUACACCCAUAUGUCACCAUACCCAGUCAUCAUCAUCACUGGCACUCCAGGUACUGGAAAAUCAACUCAUGCUCAACUCCUCAAAGAUGCUUCUCCUAUAACUCUGAAACACAUCAACGUCGGUCAAUUAGUAAAAGAUAAUGCUCUUCAUCACGGCUUUGAUGAGCAAUGGCAAAGUUACACCGUAGACGAAGACAAGUUAUUAGACGAACUCGAGCCUCUCGCAUCUGCUGGAGGAAUAAUCCUUGACUGGCACACUUGCGAAAUAUUCCCUGAACGAUGGGCAGAUCUAGUCGUUGUCUUACGCUGUAAUCAUACCAUCCUCUGGGAACGUCUCGAAAAACGGUGCCUACAUCUUAUCUUCUUCAGAAUCCGAGGAGAUCUAACGCGAUCUGCAGUAAUUACCCUCUUAAAAAGAUACAGGAAAACAAUGAAGCAGAGAUUAUGGAAGUUGUCCUCCAAGAAGCCCGUGACUCGUAUCCUCAGCAAAUUAUCAUCGAACUCAAAAGCGAAUCUUCUCAAGAUCUAGAAAACAACGUUGCCAAUAUCGUUGUUUGGAUAAAUCAGUGGUUAAAAGAUAACGGAAAGGAAGCCGAGGUCAAUGGUUUAUAACUUGCUUGUAUACUCGAUCAAAUCUGGU